AUGUCGAUAUCUCCGAUAAUCACCUUCAAAGCAGGUAUCUGCGAUCUCGAUACCUCCCCUACUCCUCCUAGGGUGAAACCAAAACAAACGCCGGGUUAUAUUUAUUUGUAUUCUGAGGAUGACCUUGUUCACUUUUGCUGGCGCCCCCGCUCUGCCCCUCUCGACGAGCCAGAACUCGACCUGGUGAUGGUCCCCAUGGAUGCGACCUUUACACCUUACAAGCCUACAAGCGCUGAAAAUCCCCUAAAUCGUGACCGACCCACCAACGGUAGAAUAUAUGUCCUUAAAUUCUCCUCCAGCUCCCAAAGAUUUCUCUUCUGGCUGCAAUCGAAAAGUCAGCAUGAGCAUGGGAACCCAGCUUGGUUCAGUGCCAGGGACCUUAAAUUAGGCCAGAUCGUGAACGGACUUCUUCAGGGUGAGGAAAUCGAUGUUCAGGAAGCAAUCGCAAGUUUGCCAAGGAACGAUGACCAAGAUGACGACGAGACGAUGGAAGACGUUGAAGGAACGGAUCACAGCCCAGACCAUCACCGGUCAGGUGGGGGUGGUGCUGGACCCGGUGCCACCGGUGGUGAUAUUCGAGAAGAGGGCGAAGAGGCAAGGGAGGGCGGAGCAGACGGUGGACGAGCUGCCGCAAGUGGAUCGGAUCCGUCUGCAGUCGUUCAAGGUUUCCUACGCUCGCUUCAGGGCAGUGCUGUUACCCAGUCCGAAUCUACAGAGAAGCCGUUCGCCACACUCAGCGAACUUCUCGCGCCCUCAUCAACGAUGGCCCUGGUCGAAUCAGCAGACUCGAAUGCUGUGGAUCACCUUCUAAAUUUCCUUCCUCUUUCUCUUUUACUGCUGGCACAGAAUCGUAACAUCCCAACGGCUGAAGUUCGCCCCGAAGAAGCGCAGAAGGCGAUGGAAUCGUUAAGCCUAGCCCAAAAGAAGGCCAUCCUUGAGCGAGUGCUUCGAUCACCCCAAUUUGCGCAGAGUCUUGGAAGUUUGACCGUAGCAUUACGAGAUGGAGGCCUCCCCAGCAUUAGCGAUGCUUUGAACAUUAAGGUUGAGAAUGGAGGAUUCAUGCGUCGCGGCGGUGUACCACUCGGGGGAGGGGACGCUAUACGGACAUUCUUGGAGGGCGUAAAGGGCCAUGUCAAGGAGAAGCAAAAGCCAGCAGAUAGUAUGGAAACGGAUUAG